UGCGGUAAGGAUCCUUGAGCGCCCAGUCAGAGCCAGACAUGUUGUAUGGUCGGUUCGGGGGAAAUUUCCCACCAUCAACAGCACGAGGUGUGUGUGAAUCUCGCGUUGUCGCGUUGUAGUCGCGUAGUCUAUGAUUCGUUCCGGUGAAUAAAUCCGCGUUCCACGAACCUUUGCUGGGAAUUUUUCGUAUUUUUUCAAACCCCGCUGAGACGUGAUUGUGAUUUUGGAUUGAAUUCCGUGAAGCCCUGAUGUUUUCUGUAAUGGUUAUUCGUCCGUUUCCCGAGUGCACCCCGGUCCGGGGAUGCUGCUGCAGAAGCCGGAUAAGUUUGACAGCUGGCUCCCCAGGAGGGUGUUUUAUGUAAUCCCGCAGGUUUUUUCUGUUUGUUUCGCCGUUGGGCGGAAGUAUCACGAAAUUUCGGCCCGUGACAGGGCAGCGUGUGGAGAACAGGGAAUGUAACAGGAAGAAAAAAUAUCAGUCAUUGUUUUUUGUGUCUCCAUUGGGAUUAGUGAAGUGAAACGAACGAAUAGGCGAAAAGCGGUGAGCUGGAAAAAAAAACCUCCCACAGUCUGACCGGCACACUGAAAGGAAAGGGGGUGGCGGAAGUUCCUAUUCCGAAAAAAAAAGUUUUUUUCUCUCUCUAAAUUGCCAUUGUUUUUCACGCUGCUCGGAGGAGGAGUGAAAGUCCCGCCGGCGGGGUCGUUUGUUCUUUUUGUUUCCUGUUGUUGCCCACCGACGACAGCUAGUAAAGAAAGUCAUCUGAUUAUUCAAUUUGGUUGUGGUCGUACGCGCGAAACGAGAAAAAACGUGAAAUUUUCCCGCAAACACGGAUAUAACUGGAUGUGGUGAAGCAGAAGAAGAAAAAAAUGCUAACGAGUGAAAUGUUGGUGCGUUUGAAAAUUUGUUUUGGCGGUUCCGAACGGUACCGCGGGCGAAAAUAAAACGUGACAAAAAUGUGGAUGUGAAACAAUUUUUUCGACAGCUGAACCAGCGCUUUCCGCGAAAUGCCACCGCAACUAACCUUGGGUGCGGAAAAAAUAAGCCUAAUGAAUUAGCAGAAUUUGGAAUAGACGUGGAGGCGCAUCAUCCAACGACGCAAGCAGAUUAAACGAAGAACAAAAACGUGUAGUGUCUAACUGUUGAACUUAAAAAAGUAAAGUACUUUUUCUGUAAAUGAAAAGCGAGUGAUGUAGGUUUACGAAUUGCAACGGAAACACAACCUUACGCUGGGAUCGUGGACAACUCGACCCACUUGUUGUUAAAAAGGUCAGAUCCUCCCGGCUCGCAGCGGAAGAUUUCCAGUGAAUCCUGCAGCACAUCAUCGCCAUUCCGUCGCAGUAUCCUGCAGCCCUCGAGAAAGUGGUCGGUAACUCGGUCGAAGCAGCAGAAGUUCCCCCCGUUCGAAGUGUCGUGAGUGGUGCUGUCCCUUCCCGAGUGCUGACGGAGGUCAUUAGGUGUGAAAAGGUCUCUCGAACAUCGCGCUGCAGAAGAAGAGUUUCUUUAGUGAAGUUAAGAAAAAAAGUAAGACACGGAUAAAAUCACCACCCAUUAGUCACAAUAAGGUCUACUCGGGUGUUCGCGUGAAGGUGCCAGCAUUUGGUGGAAGGGGGUAGGUGAAAACCUAGACGAAUCUGACCACGCGACGAGGUGCUGCGGGAAAAUUGUGAUUUAUUUUAUUUGUGUUCAUAUUUUUUUCGUGCCCUGGUCGGCAUGAUUUGGAUUUUCGCUUUUGGCCUGAGCGACCCGAAAGGUUCCACUGUGUCGACAAAUAAGUUUUAAGACGGGUCGUGAAAAGAGCUGCCGGAACCGGUAGAGAAGAAAACCGUGAAAAUAUAUCAUUAUUAAUGCCACUUUUUAUUUUGCCUAAUUUUUUACCGGUCCGCUCCUUUCGUGCCCCCCCCCCCAAACGCCUCUCUCGUCAAGUACAAGGCGCGAAAACAUGAAACACGUGCAAAGGAAUUUUCUCUAAUGAGGGCAAUAAAUCUACGCGAGGGGAAAAAUGCGUCGACUGGAGCGUGUCACCGUGGAAAACAAGCAUCAUCGUAACGAGCCCACAUUUGUCACAAAUCAAACAUUGCUGGCAAGGAAGCGGAACGGAAUGAGCACCGUAUCCAGGUACUAACAAACAGAGCAGCAGUAGCAAUUUACCAAGGUUCAAAUCAAAUAAAGUGAGUUUCCCCGCACGAAGAAACCGAAUCACGAGAAAGGCAAAUAUUAAAUUAAACAAUGUGCAACGACAACGACGCUAGGACAAGGACAACAACUCGUCCGAGAGUGACCGCGAGUUUGAUACCGACCUUCCCGAUGGUGCUGCUGUUAGUGACACUGAACGUAAACCGGGUGCUGGCGGACGCUGAUCCAGCGUUGCACCGGACCGGCGUAGAUAAACUCGCAUCGGUCGAAGCAGGCCAAGACGAGCUCGAACGAUUAUAUCAUUACGGCAUCACUGCACCGUCGUCCGCACCACCACUACCACCCUCAUCAUCUAGACAGUCGUCCUCCGCCAUGUCAGCCUCGCUGUCAAGUGGAUCGGGCUCGAUGGCGAUGGUGUCCGGGACCGGUGGCGCCACCAGCAGCGCCGAGAAGCCUUAUUUUGACGAUAUCAGCUCGCGCAAUGUUACAACCCUGGUGGACGAUACGGCCGUGCUCAAAUGUCGUGUCAAACACAAAGGCGACCGAACGGUCUCUUGGAUGCGCAAACGAGACCUCCACAUACUGACGUCCAACAUCUACACCUACACCGGAGAUCAACGCUUCUCGAUUAUACAUCCGAUCGAUUCGGACGACUGGGACCUGAAAAUUGAGUACGCCCAGCAAAAGGACAGCGGAAUCUAUGAGUGUCAGGUCAACACUGAACCGAAAAUCAACUUGGCUGUCUACCUGGACGUCACAGAGGAACGUGAUUUCGUCCAAGCCUCCGGAGGGAAGCACUUUAUCGGCACCGCCGGACUAGAUUUCCUGUCGACGGUUGCCCGAGCGAAAAUCAUCGGCUCCCAGGAGGUGCACGUGAAGAAGGGCAGCACCAUCUCCCUGUCCUGUGUGGUAAACGUGCAUGCCUCGUCCAUCUCGUGGUACCACGGUUCAUCGGUGGUCGACUUCGACUCGGCCCGGGGAGGCAUCAGUCUCGAAACGGAGAAAACUGAAGGCGGCACCAGCAGUCGACUGAUGCUAACGAGAGCCACCCUCCGAGACUCGGGCAAUUACACCUGCGUCCCCACAACAGCUGCCUCCGCCAGUGUACAGGUUCACGUUCUAAACGGUGAACAUCCUGCUGCAAUGCAGACGAGUAGCGGAGUGUUCUGUCCAUCGUGUUACGUACUUGUUUUUAUACUAGCAUCACUAAAUAGUUGUAAUUUUAGUAAAUUAAUCUACUUCAUAUCAGUCAUGCACGAAACGGUCCGCUUCGUGCUAGUGCCAGCGACAGUCAGUCUUCUAAUUUGUAUCCGUCGCCGGUUCAUCUGUACUCGUCCUAUCAUUCCUUCCAGUGACAGCAGUGCCAGUACCGGAAGCAGUUACGACAUCCGAUCAGUUUCUUCCUGUCAUCGUCACCAUCAUCCCACCACCCAGCUCAGCUCAGAACUCAGUGCGGAAUGCUUGAACCGGGUACCAAUGUUGCAGCGGAAAAGAUGAUCCCCUCGCUAGCUACGUUUCAUGAGACAAUGUAGAACCUGAUUCACCAACAUCAUCAUCAUCUUCAUCUACAUCGUCAUCGGUUCUUUCAUUACUGCGCAUCAUCAACGUUUAUUGUGUCUGUGAAUAGUAGCAGUAAAUAGAAGCAGAAUAGUGAGUAACUAAAAACCUACAACAGCAAAAGCAUACCAACACGGCAGUGAGUGCUGUUUUCUUCGACAAACUAAAUACAGUGUUAACUGAAAUGAGGAAUUUUCUAUUUUUCAUACGUCCAACGAGUGACAUCGUUCCCCGCAUACCCUUUCCGAAUGAAAAUGUUUCCCUGCAGAUAAUGUGGGAGGUGGUGAUUUUUAAUGGGGAUAGCUUAAAUUAACUAAACUUUCGAUCAUGAUUAAUUUGAUUUCUAUUUUGGUUUGUGAAUUAACAGCAGAAAACAUCAUCCCUAGAUUUUUAUGAAAUAGUUUUCAUUUUUUUUUUUUUUUAUUAAAAAACGGUUGAAAAGUAUUGUUUACGUUUCAAUUUAAGUCACAUGGGGCAACUUCUUCUACAUGGAGACAAAGUUCUCUAAAAAUGCUUAUCUUACCACAUCCAGUUCCUUCGGUCCAUGGCUGUUCAUUGUCAACCUUCCAGGGUGGAAAAUUCCCUUCAACUAGCUCGAUCCACCGCGCUGGAUGAGUUUCCAAAACUAUGCAGUUCAAAUCACUAUGCAAAAAAUAUUUUCAGCUGUUUUAUGCUUGCACUCGAUGCUCUCACUAUUCUCCAGGAGGGUCUGGAUCUUCUAUAUGGGUGUUCGGCUGCAUCAGGCCGAAACCACGAUGAUAGACUUCUUCGCUCCGAGGUGAAGUCGGUGGCAAUUACAAGCCAUCGAACGAAGUUGCUGCACUGCUUUCGCUAUGCGUUGAUGAACUGAUUGACUGUCAUUUUUUCUGUACAUAGCCUACUUAUAUUUAUUACCGAUUCACCGGUGGACCCAUCACCACGUGGCAGUAUAUUCGCGUGAAAAAUCGGUGAGUUCGUAUGGAAAGAAGGCGGUAAAAAUAUUUAAAGUUCGGUCAAAUUUAAGAAUGUAUUGAAGCAUUUCUUCAACUAUCUGUGUUGUGUGACAAAACCCGGGCAUAUUUUAGGAUUCAUUAUCUUAGUUUAUGUUUUGUAGCAGCUAACAAGUCGCGCUGUAUGAACAAAUCAAUAGUUUUAGUAACAACAACCACCACCUUCCACACCACGUGUCCCAACAAUUCAUUCAGCAAAUCUUUGUAUAAAAUAAAAAAAAAACAAAAUAAAAAUCAUAAAGCAAAACAAAUCAAAUAAAGCAGAAAUAACGAACAUAAGUCUCUUCCAUUGAUGAAAAUAGAAAAUUGAUUAUACAGAUAAGUAAACCAAUAGAAUACAGACAGAGAUAAGUAAUCCACGGCUCCUUGAGGACGAGUGAAUUGUAGAUGUAUCAAUGUUAAGUUUCUAUUCAACCUGAAGAUAAGGAGUAUGGUGAAAAAACCCCAUUCCCUUGCAUUCAGCAGAACGAUAAUUUAGUUGACUAAAAAUAAAUCCUUAAAAAGCAGAAUUUAUAAAUCUAUAAAGGGAUUGAAUCCAAGCUAGACCGCCGCUGUAUUAUUGCAAAGACAAAAGAAAGUCCAAUGGAACGAUAAAUCAAAUCACUCAAGCAUUCAUUGGAGCAGUAUUAAAUGUAAAUUUUAGUCGUUUCCGAGUCCGAGUCAGGAAGGAGUUUGGAAAACUAUGUAGCAGACAAGUACCGGCUCCCGCAGCUCUAGCUCAUGACGAAAGAAGAAAGUUGUUCAAUCGAAACAAGAGGUGGUCUAAGAUGAAUUACCGCAGCGAAAAGCAGAAACUAGGUUGUAAUAAAGUAUGAUGGAAUGCUUGUGAGAGUGAGUGAGCGAGAGGAAACUGUGUAAGGACAAAGGGAAAAUUUCACUCAACUUUUACACGAUAAAUUGCAAGAACAUGGCAACUGACCACAAAUAAAAAAGAAACAGAAUACGAAAAUCUGUAAGAUCAAAGGUUAAAUUUUGAAUUAUGAGUCGGAUGGAAGCGAAGAUGAAUCAUUUGAGAAUAAUAAACCGGUAGGAAAAUUUACCAAAUCAA